UUUUAAGAUUUUGACAAUUGGUCAUUUGGUCGCUGUUCAUUUCGACCCUCAGUGUUUUCUUUCUAUCUGGCAACUUUUAGCUUCGUUCUAUUAGGCUCCUCCUUUCGGACCACUUCGUUUUGUUCAGCAGUCAGAAGCAAAAUGGCCAAGGAAAAGAGAGAGAAGACCCGCAAAUCUGCCAUCAAUGAAGUGGUGACCAGAGAUUACACUGUUAAUCUCCACAAACGUAUCCACGGUAUCAGUUUCAAGAGACGUGCUCCAAGAGCCAUCAAGGAAAUCCGCAAAUUCGCUGAACAGGCCAUGGGUACUCCCGAUGUCCGCAUUGAGACAAGACUCAACAAACACAUCUGGUCCCAGGGAGUCAGGAGUGUUCCAUUCAGAGUUCGUGUUCGCCUGUCUCGUCGCCGUAACGAGGAUGAAGAUUCACCCCAUAAGCUGUACACUUUGGUCUCUUUCAUCCCUGUUGCUACCUUCAAGGGACUUCAAACUGAAAACCAGGAAGUUUCUGAAGAUUAAACGUGAAACACCCUUUGGCCUGAUUCGUUGUAUGACUGCAAUACAAUGUUUUGUGGUUAA